AUGAAGGACAAACACUUAAAGAAACGUGUACGGCAAAUGGUUGAGCCAGAUAAGUAUUGUGAGACUAAGGUUGAAGAUGUUACUUGGCUUUGCUCCCUCUCCGAGUUCGAAAUUGACAGGAACAUGGAGGCAAAUGCAGCUUCACAUGAACAAGAAGAUCAAGAUGAAUAUGUUCUACUUGACCUGGAUGGUGUUUCUAACCUAAUUAACCUUCCACCAAAUGCCAACUAUGUUCUUACCGGCCUUGAUACAUUAAACCCAGUAUUGAUCAUUGAUGACAAAUUUAAGCUGAUUGGGGAAUAUGAGGAGACAAUUGGCACAUGUCUUGCUUUUACCGAACAAGAUACCCUUGUGGUUCACGAAGAGACAGGAUCAUCUGAAGUGAACCUUUUCUCUGGAACAAGACUAAUUGAUUCAAGUCAACCUCCAACUAAACAAGUGAAACUCUUGUGUCAGCUUCACAAGGUUCUCAAGUUUAAACUAUCACCUGAUUCCGAAAUUCAGAGCGUCACACUUGAGGAGCUCAAAUGA